GGUUGGGUUGACCUAUUCCUACAAAAUCGCAUUCUCAGAACGAGUUCAUCAUCAUCUUCUUCUUCACUUCGUUGUAUAGUUAAGAUGCGCGCCACUACCACCAGAAAACUAUGUACACUCAGCUACCAUUUCCGUUCACAUUUACACAACAAUCCCACAAAAAACUUUUCCUCACUUUCAUAUCAACAAAUUCAACAACACCAUUUAGAUUCUAUUUUCAACCCUUCUCCCCAAGAGGAUUUAUCUGAUAUAUUGCUUGGCAAAACUCAUCCGGUAAAGAAGCUUGGUUAUGACGAAGUUGAUCUUGAAGAAAAAGAGAGGAGAAUACCAGAGGUACUUGAUUCUCAUAAUUUUGCUUCGUUAGGGAAUGGGAAAGCACUUGAGAGGAAACAAAUGUUCGAAGACACUCGUAGGGUACGAGCUGAUAGGAUAUUCAAAAUGGUUGCGAGAAAUCUAGGAACAACUGCUACGGAUUAUGUGCUUGACUGCUUGAGUCCAAAACAAGGUCUGAAAGAGUACAAUGAAUCGAUCCAAUCGUGCAUAAAGAAGUUUAGGGAGACUGAUGAUGAAAACGUUUCUGCAGAAGAAAUGAGUAUGACUUAUCACCUUUUAAAAUCAAUGAGCGAAAAUGGGUUUCAGCUAGAAGAGCAAACUUGUCGUCCAAUUCUUGAGUAUAUAAUUGACAUGGGCCUUGUUCAGGAAUUUCAACUUUUUUAUGAUUUUAUCAAAGCUUGUAACCCCAGUUCAAUUUCACGAUUGUGUUAUUAUGAAAUGUUGUUGUGGAUAAGGGUUAACAACGAAGAAAAGAUCCGGGAUAUUUGUCAAUACAUUACAGUUGAACAUAGUAAAGACACUUAUGCUCUACAAGAAAGUUACUUAUUAGCUCUUUGUCAAAGCGGUCGCAUUUUGGACGUGUUGAAAAAUAUAGACAUGGAAAAGCUUACAUCGGCAAAACCUAUAUCAAAUAUAUUCCAAUUGUUAGGAAGGUUACUGCUGGAAUCAGAUGCGGAGAAUUUACUUUUGGAUUUGACAGUAAGCGGUAUGUUUGUGAUAUUGUUUUCUUAUUUAAGCUACUCUGUAGAUUGUUAUAGAGGUGGUAAACUGCUCUGUUUUUGA